CUUUAAAUCCAAGAUGGCGGCGCACCACCGACUCUCCGCAACAAUAGAAGAUCCAAAGAAGACUGUGAUUUAAUUUCAAAUCUUAGUUGCCUAAGAAUCAGGAUCUUAUGUGAUUGUUCAUUUUUGCUGUUUUAAGGCAGUGAGAGAUCAUUCAAGAAAAGCUGCAAUGUGAACAAAUUAAUUAUCAACACUACUGAAUUAUUUAAAGCACAAUGCGGGUUAGUUUUUGCCAGAUGCUGCUGACUGGGGCAAUAAUGAUUAAUCUAGUCAUUCUUUACUAUGUCUCCAGAACUCAGCAGCAAAUGCUGAAACACAAAGCCCCAGGGAAGGCUGCCUCCAGUAAACUAGCAGUUUCAAGAGUCACUGGGAUCACUGUACUUAUACGAGAGUUUGAAGACUUUGAGAAUUGGGUGGUAGGUGUAGUACAGUCUUUCCUGAAGCAAAAGCCAGACCAGCCCAUUGUAGUGGUUGCUGACAAACUACCGUACCCACCUCUAGACCUGCCCGAUAAGCAGAACAUACAGGUAGUGGUAUUGAAGGCAUCUCCAGAUCAGCCGUUCUAUGUCACUAGGCCCGAGUUCUACAUCAACACUGAAUACACCCUUCUGGUGCCUGAUGGGGUGCAGUUAGACUCAACCCAACAGCUUGACCAUCUUCUUCAGGAGUUCGAGGCCAACAAAGGAAAGGUUCAGAUGGUGGCAGCUCCAGUUCAGAAUGGGGAAACAUUCCACUGUCUAAACUUGCGUGUUAGUCUUAAAGAAUGGACCGCCGUCUAUCAGCUUUCUCCUGCUCAGGUUUGCGAUGCCAUUGACGGAGAUGCUGUGGUUCUUCUUCGAACUGAGGACUUGUUCAACUUCUCUCAGCCCAUGGUAAGACCGCUCAUGACAUCUCUCUUUGUUCAAUCUUCAUUGCGUGGCUGGAAGGUGAAGAUGACAGAGAAUGUGUUGUUCUCAUCAUACCACCGCUCUUUGUUCAUGUCUGCCCAUAACCGUUGGAAAGCAGACAUCAAUACAAAGGCAAGGCUGUCCCAACUCUUCAAAGACUUUGGCGUGAAGCAUGUGGUGCAGCCCAAUGGAAAGGAGCAGUGGUACGGCUGCAACAAAGACACCCCUCGCUGUUUCAGGACAGUGCAUGAUGACACGCCUGAGUACCUGUAUGAGAACAGGUGGACUCCACCUUGCUGCCUCAAAGCCUUGCGCGAGACCACCAAGUAUGUCAUAAACAUCUUGGAGUCCUCAGGUGUCCGCUACUGGCUGGAGGGCGGAACUCUUCUGGGAGCAGUCCGUCACCAGGAUAUCAUUCCAUGGGAUUAUGACGUGGACCUUGGGAUUUACCUGGAUGAUGUUGAAAAUUGCGAAUUUCUAAGGAGCCUGGACUCUGGCUCAGUGGUUGAUGAGAACGGCUACGUGUGGGAAAAGGCAGUGGAAGGUGACUUCUACCGUGUGCAGUACAGCGAAAGCAACCACUUGCAUGUUGACUUGUGGCCUUUCUAUGCCAGAGAAGGAAUCAUGACCAAAAACACGUGGAUGGACCACAAACAGGAUGUGGAGUUCCCUGAGCACUUCCUGAAACCACUGGUCCCCAUGCAGUUUGCUGGAAUAACUGCUCUUGUACCCAACAAUCACAGGCGCUUCCUGGAAUUGAAGUUUGGAGAGGGGGUCAUUGAAAAUCCUGAGUAUCCAAACCCUGCCAAGAAAAUGUUGGAGAAGAGGGACUAAAUACAGAGGAUAAUAAUUUAACAACCAGGACAGUUACUUGAGCAUCUUCUGAUUUUAGAAUCUUUUGAGAUAUGAUUUCCCAGAUAUUUAUUGUUCAACAUUUGUUUCUUCCUCCACAUUUUCUGUUCUGAAGGCACUGCAUCUUCCUGGAGAUAGUUCCAUGAAUUAUGGUAGCAUUAUCUGGCCCUGUUCAAUCUGGGGACUCAGACAGUGAUUGUGAGUAAAGCCGUGGAAGGUGGGAGGCUUUUUUUCUGUGAUAUUCACACUCAUGUCCUUUCUAACAGAUGGUGCUGAAUCGCUGCAGCAGCUGAAAACCUGGAUAAUCUUAUCCCAAAUCCAAGCCCAGCUGAGCACAGACAGAUUAAACAUGAGGCCUCCUAGCCCCAGAGUUACACCAAAGAAUCUUAGAGGCAUACAGCAUGGAAACCGACUCUUCGGCCCAACCAGUCCAUGCCAGACAUAAUCCCAAACUAAACUAGUCCCAACUGCCUGUUCCUGCCCCACAUCUCUCCAAAUCUUUCCUAUUCAUGUAUUCAUCCAAAUGUCUUUUAAAUGUUGAACCCACAUCCACCACUUGCGCUGGAAGUUCAUUCCACAUGCGAACCACCCACUGUGUAAAAAUUUGAAUUCAAUACCAACCUGGAGUUAAAAAAUAUAACUAAGUUGACAUCUAUGUUAGUAGAUUCACCAACUUUAGGUACAUUUAAGUCAUCAUCGGACAAGCAUUUGGACGUACAUGGAAUAGUGUAGGUUAGAUGGGCUUCAGAUCAGUAUGACAGGUCGGCACAACAUCGAGCGCCGAAGGGCCUGUACUGUGCUGUAAUGUUCUAUGUACUAUUGUAAGAAUUCAUCUGCUUCACUUGUCGUUCAAGGAUGGAAAUCUGCCUCCUUACCUGGUCUGGCCUACAUGUGAUUCCAGACCCACAGCAAUGUGGUUGACUUGUAACUGUCUUCAGGAUGAUUAUAAUGGACAAUAAAUGCUGGACUAACCAGCUAAGUCCACAUCCCCUAAACAUAGUUUAGAAUAAAAUUCCCAGAACCUGAUAACCUGCAUCCCAUAGAAUAAAGAAAGUGACCCUGGAAAUAUUGGAUGGAUUGAUCAUCAUUUUCUAAAUUUUUAUAGAGUCUGGAACAGUUCAUACGGAUUGAGGUGUUGCAAAUGUAACCCUGCUAUUCUUAAAGCAAGGAGGAAGAGGGAAGAAAAGCAAUUAUAGACCAAUUAGCCUAACAUCAGUUCUGGGUAAAUGCUAGAGUUUGGUAUAAAAGACAUGAUAACAGAACACUUGGAAAGCAUUAAUGGGAUUAGACAAAAUCAGCAUGGGUUUAUGAAAGGGAAAUCAUGCCUAACUAAUCUGCUGGAGUUCUUUUUGAGGAUGCAACUAGUAGAAGAGAUGAGGGAGAACAGGUGGAUGUGGUGUGUUUGGAUUUUAAGAAUGCUUUUGAUAAGGUCCCACUUAAGAGAGUAGUGAGCAAAUGUAAAGCAGCACGGCAUUGGGGUUAUAUGGUAGCGUGGACUGAGAACUGAAUGACAGACUGGAGACAGAGAUUGGGAACAAAUGGGUAUUUUUCUGAAUGUCAUGCAGUGUCUGGUGAUGUAGCGCAGGUGUCUGUACUUGGACCCCAGCUCUUCAAGAUAUAUGUAAAUGAAGUGGAUGCAAUUGUUGCAAAUUUGCUGAUAACUGAAAACUAGACAAGAUUGUGAGGAGAAUGCAAAGAGCUUCAGGAUGAUCUCAACAAAGUUGGGCAAAUACAUAGCAGAUGCAGCAUAAUGUAGAUAAAUGUGAAGUGAUACACUUAGUGUGAAAAACUUAAAGGUUACCCAAAUUGUGAUGUAUUGGGAUGUUGAUGCACAAAGGGAUCUGGGCAUCCUUGAUCACUGGUGAAAAUACACAGGCAGUUGCAGCAAGCAAGUAGGAUGGCAAAUGGUAUAUUGGCCUUCACCACAAGAGGAUUUGAGUUCAGAAGCAGGGACUGUCUUAUCACAGUUAACCAGGGUCUUGGUGAGAUUACAUCUGGGCACCCUACCUGACAGAGGAUAUAUUUGCCAAUAGAGGGAGUGUAGCGAAGGUUCACUCGGCUGAUAGUCGGAUGGAACAUGGAGAUGGAUGAGAGAGGAUCUUAUUGAAAUAUAUAAAAUUCUUACAGGGAUAGACAGCCUAAAUAGAGGGAGGAUGCUUCCCCUGGUUGGAGAGUCUCGAACCAGGUGUCACAGUCUGAGGAUUUAGGGUUGGACAUUCAGGACUGAGAUGAGGAAAUAUCUCUUCAGAGGAUGGUCAACCAGUAGAAUUCAUUACCACAGAAGGCUGUGGUGGCUGGGUCACUGACUAUAUUCAAGAAAGAGAUUGGCACAUUUUUAGAUAUCAAAAGGCAUCAAGGGUAUGGGGAGAAAGCAGGAAAUGGUGUUGAAAUUGGAAGAUCAACCAUGAUUCUGUUGACUGUCAGAGCCAGCUCGAAGAGCCAAUGGCCUACUCUUGCUCUGAAUUUCUAUGAAGGAAAUUUCUUGAAGAAUUCUGGCUUAUGUCUGGCAGAUGAUCUGGUUAUUAUCUCAUUGAUAUUUGUGGAAGCUUACUGUGCUCAAAUGGGCUGCAGUGUUUUCUAAAUUACAAUUCAGGGGAGGUGAUGGCCUAAUGGCAUUAUCACUGGACUGUUAAUCCAGAGACCCAUGUAGUGUCCUGGUGAGCUGCAUUCAAAUCCUGCCACAGCAGAUGGUGGAAUUUUGAAUUCAAUAAACAUCUGGAAUUAAGAGUCUAAUGAUGACUAUGAAUCCAUUGUCAAUUGCUGGAAAAAGCCAUCUGGUACAUUAAUAUCCUUUAGGGAAGGAAACAGCCAUCCUUACCUGGUUUGGUCUACAUGUGACUCCAGAUCCACAGCAGUGUGUUGGAUUCAUAACUGCUCGCUGGGCCAUGAGAGAUGGGCAAUAAAUGCUGACCUAGCCAGCAAUGCCCUCACCCUGUGGAUGAAUUAAAAAAAAACAACUGUGACAAUACUUCCAAAUACUUCAAUUGCUGUGAAGUACUUUGGAGUGUCUUGAAUUUGUGAAAGGCGUUAUGCAAGUUCAAGUUUUUCUUUGUUGGAGCUCGACAUCAAAGUUCAGAAAUAGGAAUCAUAGGUGAGUUUUUAUUUUCAAAAUUCCCUUUACCAAAAUACUGAAUUCAAGCACCCCAUCCUAAUGAACCCUGGCUGUGAUCUAUUAACUGGAACCAGAACUCAGGCCUUCCACCCAGCACCAUGCAAUUGAGUUGCUUUCUCUGGCAAACCAUGAGCUACAGUCAAAUUCUUGCCGAGACAGCAGCACAUACUAGACGUCUAAUGGCAUGGGUAUAACUGUGAACUGUUCUAACCGAGACAAAUUACAAACAACUAAAUGGCUCGCAGUAAUUUUGCCCCUUUUGUUCUGAUCCAGGCUGCAAAGUUUCUUGGCAAACUCCUUCUUGUUUAUCAGCUGUCUCCCAUUGCCCACAGCUGUGGUCUCUUACUGUAACUGGCCCAUACUCACAGUCCAAGAAUUAAGACAAUCUCAACCAUUUCCCCUCAAUGUUCCAGUAGUAAAUGUUAACACUCUGCUCUUGCCAGGAGAAAAACAACAUUACAUUAUUACAACCACAUAAUUGGCUUCUCUGUGUGUGUGUCUCUCUCUCUCACACACCACAACCUUCCCCCUUCAUUCAUUCCAGUCUUUAGCCAUGGGCCCUAUCACCACCUAAUCCAGGCUUUGUAUUUAUAUAAUGCCUUUCAUGAUGUCAAGGUGCUUUACAACUAAUAAAGUACUCUUAAAGUACAGUUAUUGUUGUAGUUGGUGAGCAUCGGAAAUUGCUGGAAAAACUCAGCAGGUCACACAGCAUCAGAAAGCUUUUUGUUUGUGCAGGGCAUUGAUAGUCCAAUUGUGUCUUUACUCACUAACACGCACAGUUUUUCCAACAAGGAGCAUGCUCGGGAGACGUGGAAAUCCUAUUGACUUUUGCCUGUCAAAUACAGAGGAUUUGAAGCUAACUAAUGAUCGCAUCAGCUGAUCAAAGAUUGGACUCAGAGUCUCAAAAUAUCAUCAAUGCAGUAAUCAUGAAUGAAUUUUAAUCGUUGUAAUCAUACUAUUCACUUGUUUAUGUUGAGUUUUAUAUUCAUAAAAUCUUACCACCAAUUUUAUAAUAUUAAGAACAAAAAAUCUUAACUAUUUACUGGAGACUCACCAACCUGCAAGCUUAUUUCUCUGUAACAAGGCAAAUUGUAAUCAGCUCCAAUUAAUCUCCAGAGGCCUGAACAUGUAAUCCAAGCUGAGGCUGCCAGCACGGGACUGAGAGUGUGUACCGUUAAUAGAGUACACAGGAAUGACCUGUAUUCUGAUGCAAAUUUGACAGUUCUGUGUAAAAUUUGCAAAAGGAGUGUUUGCGUUACUGGGGAAAAGGCCACAUUUCUAGACAUUAAUGUUGUCAGUGAUUUUGAGUGGUGUGUGUUUUGGUACAUCUACAAACAGGAGUAGGAGAAUGAUGGGGUUUAUGGUUUUUGAUAUUAAAUAGGCCUCACGGCAAGUGGUGAAACGA